AUGCUGCCUUCCGACGCACUAACGCAGAGGAAGGUCUUUGCAUUUUCCUACCGUCUUCCUGGGCGUGUACGUACGUACACGUACGUGUGCGCAGGCUCGAGCCCCUCCCCCUCCUGGGCGCGGGCGUGGGAGUGGCAUGUCAUCAUCAGUGAGGUAUUUCGACAGCUAGGCAGUCCAUUCUUCGAGGAGAAACAGAGGCACGAUGCGUUUGCUACUGCUAUCGCCGCUCCUGCUACUAUCGGUCAUCCUGGUGACGAUCUGCCAGGCGGAGAGAACCGUCCCCACGCCACGCUACGUCGUCAAUCUAGACCAGGAUCCUCAAUACCGCUGGACACACAUCGUGAGCGACUACAAGAAGGAGUUUCAGGGGCUCCUGAAGCAGUUAAAGAAGAUGGUGGGGCCGAGCUCGUCGCGCUCGCUUCCGUAACGGGCGAUAACGCGAUCCAGUACAUUCCGUAUCCUUACAACUUGGAGAUCGUAGGUGUUGCGUUGGCCGGAGACGUGACACUGGGCGAGACACUGCUCGGAAAUCUGCUCUACGAGGCGACUGCUUAUAACAGCAGCAGACCCCUUUGGGGAAAAGCGUGCACGAGCAUCGUGGCAGAGGCGGACAACGGGACCGUCUACCACGGCAGAAACCUGGACUAUUCCAUCGCUAACUAUCUGAGAAACAUGACCAUCACCGUGGACUUUCAGUCUUCUGGGAAGACGCUGUACACCGGUACCACCUUUGUAGGGUACGUCGGUGUUCUCACGGGACAGAGACCACAUGCUUAUACAGUAUCUCUUGACCAGAGGGACAAGGGAGAAUGGUGGAUGAACGUACUGGACGCCUUGGUUGGAGGCACGCAUGCAAUCACUGGUUUCCUAAUCCGCGACACACUGGGAGACGCUUCUCUCAGCUUCAGCGAUGCCAUCCUCAGACUGGCCUACCAGCCUCUUAUUGCACCGUGCUACCUCAUCGUGGGAGGAGUGAAAUCAAACGAAGGUGCGGUGAUAACUCGCGAUCGUACCGGUGCACUCGACAUCUGGAGACUGGAGGCCUUCAAGGAGAGAUGGUUUCUUGUCGAGACAAACUAUGACCACUGGGGGCCUCCCCCACCCUCUGAUGACAGGAGGGACCCUGCAAUUAAGGCGAUGGAUGAGACCGGGCGGGGUAACGUGAGUGCUCCGUCGCUCUUCCAUGUCCUCUCCUUGCCCCCUGUCCUGAACAAUAAGACGGCCUUCACCGUUACAAUGUCUGCCAGCAUCCCUGAGCUGUACAGCGCCUGGAUACGAUACCCAUGA